AACAUCUUUGACACCGCAUACGCUCGAGACAAGAGGGCACUCAUGGCCGCCAUCAACAACGUUCGCUCGACCGGAGCAGCAGUAGACAUCGACCUACCUACUAUCGUCGUCGUCGGCUCACAAAGCUCGGGCAAGACUUCAAUCUUGGAAGCGAUAUCAGGUGUCAAUCUUCCAAGGGCUGUGGGGACUACCACUCGCACUCCAACCGAAGUCCGAUCAAGGCAAGACGUCGAUGUUCCCUGGAAUGCUGUUGUGAAGAUCCGCCAUGAGGGCGACAGCUCAUUUCACAAUUCCCUGGGUCCGAGGCCGAGGUCCGUUUCGGCAAGGAUCCACGACCCUAAUCUCGUCCAGAUCGCAGUACGUCGUGCCCAGCUCGCCAUUCUCAAUCCCAGUAUCCUUCUCUACCGGUUCCUCGAAUAUGACAUUCCGGCCGAGCCGGAGACGAACCCUCUUGGAUCGACCCGUAAGCUUGCUUUCAGCAAUGACGUGAUAGUGCUGGAAAUCACCGGUCCCCAGGUCACCGACCUGACUCUGGUGGAUCUACCGGGUCUCAUCCAAAACGUCGGUGAGGGAGAAGACAAGAAUAAUAUCCAGCUGGUCGAAGACAUGGUGAAGUCUUACAUAUCAAAAGACUGCCUCAUUCUCCUCGUCAUUACUAUGAAAGUAGACGAUAUCCACAAUCAAAAGGCCGUCCUCCUCGCAAGGGAAGCGGACCCAGAGGGCAGGCGCACGGCGGGAGUGCUCAGCAAGGCAGACUCUCUGCGUGACAAGAGCGAGCGUGAUCAGUGGCUCAAAGUGGUGAAGGGCCAGCGUGAACAUUUGCACUACGGCUAUUACGUCACUCGCCAGCCCGACGCGGAUGCCCUCGCAGAGGGAAUCUCAUUUGCCAAGGCUCGAGCAGAUGAAGAGGCCUUCUUCGCUACUCAAUCGCCCUGGAGUUCCCUCGACAUCCAGUAUCAGAAGCGACUAGGCACGAAGAACCUUGCCGAGUUUCUCAGUGACCAGCUGUCCAAGUUGAUCAGCAGACGACUUCCUGAUGUCGAGGAUAAAAUUGCGCAUCGCCGUCGACAGCUCCAGACAGAGCUCAAGUCGCUUGGCAGUGAACCAUCGAACAAUCCACUUACAACGAUCGACUCUUUGGUUACCUCGUUCGCAGCGGAAAUCGCGAAAGACGUCAAGGGCGAGGCAAAGCACGAGGCUUUCCUGCAGGCGUUAAAUGCGGCAGCCGCGGACUACAAAACAGCGAUCAAGAAGACCUGUCCCAAUUUC